AUGGCCAUUUCCACGGCUAAGGGUUAUAGUGAUCUUCAAGAGAGAAAGAAAAUAAAAGCUCCUGCAGUUCCUAUUGUUCUUGUUGUUGUUGCUGCUCCUGCCCCUACUAUUAAGCUUCCUACAUGUGGGUGGUUUCAAGUUCCUUUCCUUCGGAGAAUUGUCAUUCCUGCUCCACCUGCUCGCGCUGCUUGGGUUCCUUCCCCUCAAGGUGUUGCAAAGUCACUGGAUGAGAUAUUCAAUGGGAUUUCAUUUGAUGAGGUGAAGGUGCCGAGAAUCUACCCAUGGCCACACCACUUGCUGCCAUAUAAUUUGGAGUCCAAUCACCUCAUGUUAUCCCAUCACUCCAAUGACUUAUCCCGGUCAGUUUGUCUCAAUAAGUACAUGCGUCGGACAAAAGAAGAACAAAGGUUAUUUCUCAUUGGGCUUGAGAUAUGUGGUGAGGGAAAUUGGAAAGACAUUUCACAACUAUUUGUUCUAUCAAAAACUCCAACUCAAGUUGCAAGCCAUGCUAAAAAAUACUUCCAACACAAGAAUACCCCAAAGAAAGUGAGAAAAAGAAGAAGCAUCCAUGACACAACCUCAGAAGAAGACAUUGACAUGAUUGUUACUUCUCACAUUAAUCAAUAUAAUUGGGUUCCUCCUCCAACUUUUGCAGUGCAGCCACAUGAAAUGCAACAAACAAAACAUAUACAACAAUUCGACUCUUAUAACCCAUCUCAUCAAAUGGGUGGAUUCAAAAAUUUUAAUGAGGGCCAUCACCCAAAUGAGCUUGAUCUUGUUGUGAAACCAUUCAUACACAAUAUGCCUCAUUAAAUGGGCGGAUAUGGAUUUUCUAAUGAUUGGCCUCACCAUAAUGAACACAAGAAAUACACGCUUUGGACGGAAGAAGAACACGGGUCUUUUCUUAGUGGGCUUGAGAUAUGUGGUGAGGGAAAUUAAAAAGCCAUUUCAAAGAAUUUUGUUCCAUCAAAAACUCUAAGUCAAAUUGCAAGUCAUGCUAAAAAAUAGUUCAAACGCAAGAAUGUCCCACAGAAAGUGAGGAAAAGGAGAAGCAUCCAUGACCCUUAGAAGACACUGACAUGAUUGAUACUUCCCACAAUAAUCAACAUAAUUGGGUUCCUUCUCCUCCUCCAAAUUUUGCAGUGCAUCCACAUGAAAAGCAACAAACACAACAUAUGCAGCAAUUCGACUCUUAUAACCCAUCUCAUCAAAUGGGUGGAUUAAAAAAUUUUAACGGGGGCCAUCACCAGAAUGAGCUCAAUCUUGUUGUGUAACCUUUCCUACACAAUAUGCCUCAUCAACUGGGCAGAUAAUGAUUGGCUUCACCACAAUGAGCACAAGAAAUACAUGCGUUGGACGGAAGAAGAACACAUGUCAUUUCUCCGUGGGCUUGAGAUAUGUGGUGAGGGAAAUUGGAAAGAUAUUUCACAACAAUUUGUUCUAUCAAAAUCUUCAACUCAAGUUGCAAGCCAUGCUUAAAAAUAUUUCCAACACAAGAAUGCCCCAAAGAAAGAGAGGAAAAGAAGAAGCAUCCAUGACACAACCUUAGAAGACAUUGACAUGAUUGUUACUCCCCACAUUGAUCAACCUAAUUGGGUUCUUCCUCUUCUUCCAAAUUUGGCAGUGUAGUCAUAUGAAAUCCAACAAGCAAUACAUAUGCAUCAGUUCAACUCGUUUAACCCAUCUCAUCAAAUGGGUGGAUUCAGAAAUUUUAAUGGGGCUAUCACCCGAAUGAGCUUGAUCUUGCUGUGCAAUUAUUCCUACACAAUAUGUCUCAUCAUAUGUGCAUAUAUGGAUAUUCUAAUGAUUGGCCUCAUCACAAUGAGCACAAGAAAUGAUUUUUUUGUCUAGACCUAGUAGUACAAUAUAUUUAGGUGUUCCCUCUUUUUGCUUUGAUCAUCAUGCCCGUAAUGUUUUGGGGCUUCCUCAGUAUAGGUUCACUUUUAAUUGACAUGGGUUGUGGUCUAGUCCCCGCAUAAUGUCUUGUUAUUGGUCUUUUGGCAAUAAAUUGGGAUUGGUGUGGAAGGGGAUAAAUUGGCUUUAGGUGCCAACAUAGUUGGGAUGCUUAGCUUUAUUUUGAUUCCUAACUCAUCCUUUUUCUAAAACAAUAAUGACUUUUUGGGAACUGAAUGAAAGGAGUAGCAACCUGUUGAUAGUAGCAUUGAUGCAUGUAAUCCAGAGCCUGUCGUAGACCUUAGUCAUCAAUUUUGAAUCAAAAGUAUAUUUGGGGAAGGUGUUAGUGGUGCUUCUCAUUCGCAUUAGUAUCAACAACCAUAUGCACCCUAUCCUCAUAAGUUCCAAUCAAAAGACAUACAUCUCUCUUUGAGGACAAAUGAAUGCCUUGCUUUUUAGGUCUAGUUGUAAAAUAAUGAUACCUACAAGCUAU